CAUUCUAAUGACCAGCUGUAUGCAGCAGUAGUAAGAGCAUGCGCAGUACGUGAAAAGAGGACGGCGAAGAUUCAAAGUUUUUGUUCAGAGUUUUCUUUCCUUGACUUGCACCGACCAACAAAUUCAGGAUGUUUGGCUUUCACAAGUCAAAAAUCUACCGGAGUAAUGACGGCUGUUGCAUCUGUAAGACCAAGUCCUCUAGUUCACGCUUCACGGACAGCAGCAGAUAUGAAGAGACCUUCAGGAUGUGCUUUGGACUCUCAGAAGAUCGUGUUGGAGACAUUUGUAAUGCGUGUGUUCUGCUGGUGAAGAGAUGGAAGAAGCUGCCUCAUGGCUCCAAGAAGAACUGGAAUCAUGUGGUUGAUGCUAGAGCUGGCCCAGGUUUUAAGGUGACAAAACCCAAGAAGAUCAAGAACAGUGAUGGGAAGAAGAAGAGCAAACUAAAGAAGCUUCAUAAGUUUAAGAGGCAAACAGACUCAGAUGCUCACAGCACAACGUCCAGCAUGUCUCCUGCCCAAUCUCCCAGUUACAGCAACCAGUCAGAUGACGGUUCCGACAUCGAGUCCAAACAAAGACGCUCAUCUCCUUCCAUCUUCUCCUUCCUGGAUCGUUCUUACUGGAAGAGGCAAAAGGUGUGCUGUGGAAUUGUCUACAAAGGUCGGUUUGGAGAAGUGAUUAUCGAUCCCCGACUUUUCAAGCCUUGCUGCAGCUCAAAAAAACAGAAGACACUGACGCCCACGCAGGUGCCCACACUCCAACCACAGCUCCCAGAAGAUUUGAAAGAAACCUGGUGAAUGGUUUUUGUCAGUCUCCCUUUUUCCUUUAUGGGGCUAUCCAUGGCAUCCACCUGGAUUUGUCUCCAGUGGCAGACCUCAUUUUCAUUCCCCGUUAGAUCAGUUAAUGUUCGUCCUUGUAAUAAUCAUUUUUAUAUGGGUAUUUUUUUAAUCUUUUGUAUAGAGUUGAGCUCUUUGUUUUAAAAGAAAAAAUAAAAUAAAAAAAAAACUUUUGGGCAUUAGUGUUAUUUAUAGGAUAAGGAUUAAAUUUUGUUGAGUUACAUUUUUGGUCCUAGAUUGCGUUUGGUUAUUUUUGUACUGAAUGAUCAAUUUUUGUAAAUAAUUUCUGUUUUUAUUUCAUAUCAGGACUGCUUUAUUUUUUAUAACUUGUAAUACUGUAAUUGUGUGUAUGAAAGACACCAGCUAUUUCUAAUACCAGCGUCGUGGGUUGAAGGGAACCUUCAACAUUUUUGCUGCAAUGUUCCGUCAUCUUUUAGCUUUAUUUGUUUCUUCUAGUGCACAACUUGCUUUUGAUAACACACAAGGAUCAUUAGCAAAUCUGUUCUGUAUAAAUGUAAUUUCUUUAAAUGUGUACAGAUUAGACACGUUGGACAUAAACAGCUUUAGCCACCAGUUUGAAACACUCAGUUUUAAUUUGCUCAGCAGUUUGUGCACAUUAGACCAUGCUUGCAGUAUGUCCCUCUGCUUGUUGCAUUGACAGUUUUUAUUUAUUUCUUUUGUACAGCCUCCAAUGAAAUUACAUUGCAUGUUGUAAAGCAAAUUGUUUUUUCAAUGAAUUUUGUAAAUACAGCAUUUUUGGCUCGUGAGUUUUCCAAAAAAAAAAAAAAAAAAAAUUACAUGAAACAGCAAACCACUACAUCUGAAAGGUGCUGAAGGCAUGUAUUUCUUUCUUUUUCUUUUUUCUUAUGCUAAAAGACAGCUUGAUAACUCAUUAUUUCCUCAGGUAUGUUUCUCGAAAGGCUUGCAUUGUAUUGACUUGUGCUAUGUGCAGAAGUAGGUGUAAGCUGCAGGAAUCGGAGAAACUCGCCUGCAGAAUCAGUGAGCUGUGAACAUCUGUUUUCUGCUGUCAAACUGAACAUGCUGGAGACCAGUGCUUACUCUACAUCUUUGUGCUUAGAGGAACAUGUUCAUCAAAAGAAGCAAUUGUCUAAAGUUCAAACUAUGCAGACAUUUUGAAUGUGAGAAUUGCUCUGGGGCUUUUAGUCUCUUUUAGAUGAUUGGCCCUCUUUUUUUUUUUUUUUAACCAAAUUGGCUCUAUUAUUUCAGCAAUAAUGUCACAUUGUCGUCACCAGUCAAUGUCUCAAAAUGUAUGUAUGCCAUGUUAAAAAUAUUGCUUAUAUUGCACAGUUAUUGCCAUGGUGUAUACUGUCUCAGAACUUCAGUGACAACGGUUGCUGUUUUUUUUUUCUCUCUCUUUUGAAUUUUUGUAACCAAACUCGACUUAAAGUAAUUGACAGGCACUGCUCUGUAAAGUUGCUUAAUAUAUAUAAACUGUAUUCUGCGGCAGGGUAGUGAAAUGCUGAAAAAUUAUGAUUCUUAUUGAAGAGGUAAGCUGCUUCCUUUGUAAGCUGGAAAAUAAGCUGUUUUUUAUCUUUAGGAAGUUGCCAUGUGUUUGCAAGGUACAUUUUGGGAUGUAAGAUGUGCCUUAACGAAUGACCUGACCUUUUUCUCUAUGAUUCGUAUGUAAUUUAUAUUUAUUUAUUACACAACCUUUUUUUUUUUUACUAAAAUUUUGAGCUAACUGGUGUUGAGCCUUUCAGAAAAAAAAGUCUGUUUCUAAUUUUGUGCACUUCCUUUGAACAUGCAAUGUAUGGUUUUUUAUAUGCUUUUUGUAUACUGUACCACAAAGUAGAUCUGUAUAAUAAAAAUUAAAACUGUU